AUAACAAGAUGGCGGCAAAAGUUGAAUGUUGAAUGAUCACUUUCCGUGCGGUAAUUUCUGCUUGAAACAAAAUAAGCCUAAAAGUGGAGAUUUACCCAAAGGCAUAUAAGAUAAGAGAGCUUUCUUGUCGUCUUUUGAAAGCUACCGCUUCUCUCAUGCUACAUGGAAAGAGAGAUCUUAGAAAUUAGUGGGAGGCGGAAAUGAAUAAGAAAGGCCCGCAAGAAAGCGACACGAGACCCUUAUGCAAAUAUGGUACAGCCUGUUAUCGUAAGAACCCUGCUCACUUUCAGGAAUAUCGGCACCCAGGUAUUUAUGUAUAUACAUUUAAAAUAAGCUUAAUUUAUUUAAGCCGAAAUUUAAAAAUGUGAGAAAUCAUGCUCAUUUAUAUGUGCAUGAUCAGGGCUGUUAACCCCCCACGUCUUCAAAUAUUGAGAGUUGAUGGGGAAGGGAUGAUAGGUGACGUCAUAAUGCAGGGUGCAUUACAUCAUUUGUGAAAAAAAAAAAACGUGUGAAAAAGAUGAUGUCAUAAUAUUGCUUAUAUUACAAUGGCCUACCUGAGAUUGUGAGGAAAUGUUCGAUGUUAACAGUAAAAUAGCUUAAGCAAUGCAAAAUAUUUGAGACUUCAUUGUCAGAAAGUCGAGUCUACAAGAAAUGACAAACUUCGGCAAUUGUCCAGGAGAUUUCAUACUCUAAUCUGGAGACCAGUAGAAAUGGAUCAAAAUCUGGAGUCUCCUGGAUUAUCCGGAAGAGUUGACAGCCCUGAUGAUCAUGAUUUUUAACAUCAGCUUGCAAUGGGCUCCUGACAUAAGAUACCGUUAAGAUACAUUGUUUCUGAAUAUUUGGGUAUUGCCAUUACCUGUGGCUGUAGCUGAACCAGUAAUAUGGGAAUACUGCCCUUACAGACCUGCCAACCCCUAAUAAAGGAAAAUCUGGAGACUCAUGGAAAAAAUCGGGAGAUUCUACAAAAAGUACAGUUGUGAUAUUCUGUUUUUUUCUGACUUGAGACAAGACCUUUUUCCCCUAGGGUAAAUGAAUCUUGAUGGUUAAUUUCUGUACUAGCCUUAACGAUAAAUAAAAGAACAAAUCCCACAGUUCGGUAAGUAUUUAGCAGAGUGAUAAUUUUUAUUAGUUGAUCACUUUAGUUUAUGUUACUAGCAUUCCCCAUUAAAUUUCCUUUUUUAUGCAACAAGGUAACAUUACAUUUCAAAUUGAUUUUUUUCCCAAAAACCAUGAGAUUGGUAGUCUUGUCGUGAGGCUGUGAGAAAAGACAAAAUAUAAUGAGACUCAUGGCAGAGUUGUGAGGGUUGGCAAGCCUGCCUUUAACCUGCAGAAGUCAUCCCCAGUAAGGGGCGGGGGGCACUCCUUAUAAAGACAUAUGCAGGGAGGCUCCACCUGAAACGGGUACCAAUUUCAGGCCUCGGGUAUAUUAAAGUGUAGAUAAAUCUAUCUUUAUGUAUUAUUAGGUCAAAAAGAUGUGCCUUAUUACGUGUAUGGCUUUAUCAUUUAAAUUUACCUGAGCUUACAUGAAAAUGACAAGAAGACUUGUUUUAGCAAUUUAUGUUGUCUUAUUACAAUAGAUAUGUGAAAAAGGUACCAUUUUUCAAUGGAAGGUAAUAGUUAUAAAUGAAAGGAGCUUUUUAAUUCCUAUCAAAAAUAGUAUUUAAAAGGGUAAGAGAUUGGACCUCGAGGCAGAGUCUCCCAUACAUAUUCUUGCUGAGUAGUCCCUAGGGAAGUCAGCUAGGCAUCUGGUCCAGUAUGAUGCCAUCUGUAGAAAAGGAAUCUGGUUGUUUUGCUCAAAAGUCGAUUUGCUCAAUAAAUCGGGUUUAAAUAAAUAUCUCCUCAUGGCAAAUACAUUGUAUGUUCCUCUGUACCCAUAGGCAGAAAUGAGUGGGUUCCAAGGUUCCUAAAUAAUCCAUUCCAAGUCCAUAAAAUGAAAAUGCUAUUCUGUAUUCUUGCUGUAAGUAAUCUAUCAAACAAUCACCUCCCACUCAAACCUGAGCAAAAACUUUGCGAAGAAUUUGACUCAGGGCUUGAGAAAGUACUGUCCGGUAGUCUGGAAUAAGUAGGUAGAUUUUUUUGGUCUGGGCAAGUAACUUAAGGUGCUUUUCAAAAGUCAGAACUGGCCGGUCAGACCAAGACAGGAUCGGUCAUUUUGAAAAAUAAAUAAGCUUCUUCAAAGGGUUUUUGAUGAAACACAAUUUCCUUCAUGCAUACCAUUUAAGAUUUGACUGAUCUGGCAAGAUGGUUUUGAUUAAAGGUGAAAUUCUCAAUACGACGGGAAUGGCUUGGGUUGUCACUUCUGAAAAAUGGAAAGUGCCCUUAAUUAAAGCUCACUUUCCCAAUGAGUCUAAGCAAAUUAUCCUUUAAAAAAAUCAUUAUUUAACUUAAUAAACUGUGUAAAACAAACAAGAAGUUUUCUGGGCUAGCAAAAUGUGAGAGCUGCUCAUCCAAUGGAUCCUUUUUUGAGCCCUUUAACUUUAUGAGAUUGUUGAUGUUCCUAAUGUGAAAACUAACACAGGUUAUGACUCUGACACGGAUGAUGAAGAAGUGCAGAAAUCCCCUCCAGCCAAGCGAAAAAGGCUAGAAAAUAGCCCAGCUGCUUGUGAGCCUUCGACAUCAUCAGCCUCCAGCAAUACUACUGACAUGGAGAGAUGUAACAUUUUUCCUAUUAUGCGUUCUUGUGUAACCAUUUAAAUUAGUUUAUACUUCUUUUUCUUUUGUUUAGUCUUUUUUUUACCGUUAAAAGCGCCCUCGUUAGCGUUUCUUUGCUGUUUCAUCUUGGAAGUUUCCAUGUUCUAGGGUAUUUUUUCUCAAUAUAACACUAAAAAUCGUUAUUCGCAGUCCGCUUCAGCAGUUUUCUCUCGUAACAAUGUUAGUGUAUUAAAGGUUAUUUACUCUUAUUUAAUGUAACUUUUUUACUUUUUACCGGUUUCAAUCCACGCGCGUUUUGCACUGAAUAAAUCUUCAUUCUUAUUUGUUCUACUUGAUAGUAUUGAUAUCAUUUUUAAAAAUUAAGUAACUUGGAAAAUUUAUUUUUAACAAAUGAUAUUUAAUAUUGUAAUCUAAAACCACUCAAUGCUAUUUCAUUAUUACCUCUUUGCUCUUUUGUAGAUAUCCUGUCAAGUCAGAUGGGUGACUUAGAAGCCUCUGCACAGGUAUAAAAUAUUGACAUUAAAAUCAAUAAUUAAUUUGAUACUAAAAUUAAUAUUCAUAAAACUAAAGUUCAAACGAGAGCUAAAAUUGGAGACAAAGAAGGGGGUUUGGUAAAUUGAAUGUUUCCCUUUUUGUGGAUAUCCUAUAGUAAAGAUACUAUUCUGUUUUUUUGUUGUUAAACUUCAGUUCAACUACAUGUUUGACAUACCCUGGCUGAUUGAGCAGUAUCCUGAAGCUAAGAGGUAAGUGGUUCAUAUGAAGAUUUAGCGGAGGUUAGAAGCAAAGCUCCCAUUAAUAAAUUCAUAAUUUAUUCAAAUAAUAAACUUGUAAAGAAAUCCAUUAAGGAUUGAGCCUGCAAUCAGUUAAUAACUGGUAACUUUUCAGUGAAUUACUUCGGCUUCCAAAAAAAAAGGCAACCUCAAUGGGUCAACACCUGAGCCCAUGAUACGAUCAUGUAAUAUAUGUCUGCAGAUACCCUGUUUUAACUGCUGUCAGUAAUUUCUUGACCACGUCAUGGAUUUACAAUGUCAGGUUGCAAGCUCCCACACUAGCUAGAGAGUGUGAGAGUGUAAUAAUUUUUUAUUUAAUAUCAGGGGCUAUUAGAGACUAAUGUGAGUGUCUUCCCUACAAAUAAACACAUUUUACUGGCUGUAGAAUGCAUGAAAUAGAGUUCUAAUAUGCAAACAAUAAUUACUGCAUAAGCAUUGUGCAUCAAAAUGUCUCGUAAAUGUCUAGUUUCUGCCUAAGAACAGGGCUUGAAAUAGCUGCUGUAACUACCAAUGGCCAAAUGGCAAGCCAAAUUUUAGGUCUCUGGCAGACAAAAAUAAACUAAAGGUAAACUGCCGAAUGAAUAUAACAUAAUAAAGCCACAUAAAUUUUUUGUGACAUUGUCUUUUCCUCUUACCAUGCUUACGUACCUAUCAUUUCUUUCCACAAAUCAAUGGUUCCCAUUGAAAAUAAUAUGACAGAAGGGUCCCUCAACUGUAGCUUCUUCAUAAAGUUUUCCGUGAUAUGCAUUUUCCUCAUGAAAUUUUACCCAGCAUUUUAGGGUCCCCAGCAAGGUUUUGUUGAUGUUUAUUUAUCUCUUUACAAACUUUGACAAGAGGCCUGGAUAACUCACACAGCAAGGUCCACCAUGAGGCCCAGAUUUAUAAGUGAUUCAUUCAUGCAUGGAUAAUAUUAUGAAUGCCUGCAAUGUGUGGCAAUACAAUUAGAACAUUGUUCACGGGUAAAGUCUAAUAAUUUCCAUCGCUGUCACCCGCUUUUCUUUUGCACUUCAGUCCCCCUGGAGUUUAAAAAUCCACCUUUUUUGAAAGUGAGAGUUUCUAAACCAGAUCUAUUUAACACAGGUCCAAGCCACUGCUUAUUGUUCAUGGUAAUCAAAGGGAAACCAGUGCCAAUAUUCGCAGAGAAGCUGAGCCAUAUCCAAACAUUAAACUGUUUGGUGUAAGUAUAAGAGUGCCAUUGCAUGUUAAUGGUACAGUAGAAUUAACCCACCUUAUAACCACAAAAUUCAUACCACCACCUUGUUACUACAACCAUAUUAUUUUAAGACUAAAAAACUGUCGGUCAUUUUCUCUUCCCAAACUAUUGUUAAUGAGUCCACCUUGUCAAUAUGACCACAAAAUUAUUUUAUGACCCAUAAGGCAGCCUACAUCACAUCUUGUGACAUACAGUAAAGGGAGGGGGGGGCAUACAGAUGAUUUUAUCACAACCAAAACUUCUUGGAUGCACAGAUAACAAAAUUUUAUUAGCCAUGGUGCUUUGCUUUGUGUGUGUGCACGUGAGGACUCUGCUAGAGUUGUUGUCACAAUUGUAGGAAAAACUGUCAGAUUGAUAGCUUUAAAUUAACCUUUAUUAAUUCAUAGUGGCCAACUGCUUAGGUUUAUGAAAUAGAUAAAAUUACUUAAUGUUUAAUUGAAACAGUACUCAUAGGCCACCAGGUACUGCAGUCCACAGCCCAAUUUCUCCUGGGAUGACUGUAAUACCCAUGAAAAUUUAAAAACAAAAGUUAUGGAAAAUUUUGGGAGGAACUACAGCUGUGUCUAAAACUGUACCAAUAUUUCUCUUGAUAGGCCAGGCUAGAAGCAUUUGGGACACACCAUAGGUCAGUGUCAAUUGAGUUAAAAUAAGACUUGCAUAAUCACAACAAAAGUAAUAGUGCUGUUGUUGUUAGCUUAGUUUUUUCUUUACAGUGACAUGUAACGUACAGGUCUUGUAAGAACUUUUGGCCACUCUUGCAAUGUAUUACAGAUUAUUAAAAUUGCCCCUGUAUUUUUCAGCAAAAUGAUGUUCCUGUUGUAUAAAGAAGGACUUAGAGUGGUUAUCACAACUGCAAACUUGAUAUCUAUGGACUGGGAUCAGAAAACACAAGGGUAAAGUGUUUUUCAAAGAUUUUUAAAUUGAUUUUUCCGUUUCAAGUUUUUGUUAAGUUCUUAUUGUUUGGGAGUAUUUUUACAAUGAAACACUUGUAUUUUAUCAAACUUGACAUGAAACGGUACCAACGAGUAUUGCGGCCACUCUCUCUACCCUAAAAGGUUCCCUCCUGCAUUACCCCCUCCCCCCAGCAUUCACCAUGCGUUAUCAUCAUCAUCAUCAUCAUCAUCGUCGUUAUCGUCAGCAUCAUAAUUAUCAUAAUUAUCAUCAUAAUUUAUCAUCAUCAUCAUCAUCAUCAUUGUCAGCAUCAUCUUUUGACACCUGGUCACCAUGGUUUUUUUAUUCGAGGAACUGGUCUGUCAGACCAUUGCUGUCUUUCUUUUCUCCGAGUUGACUUUUCUCUGAGUUAGUGUAAACAGGACGUUUUAAGCUUACCAGGCCUCCUUUUCCCAUUUCCAAGGGUGUGUAAAGCGUAACUUUCAAGUUAGUUCAUGUAAUACGCGCAAUACUUAUAUGACCGAGGAACUUAUGCUGACACUGUUGUGCGUUAAUUGUAUCUUUCUAAUAAGAGGCACUGUCUUGAUGCGCGGGUGUACUUCAGCAAUUGACACUCUGUCAGAUCGUUUAAUACCCAGUAUUAUCCAGUAAAGCGAUGUCGCGAAAGCGUUGAUCUUUUUUCCUCAGUGUUAUCCUUUUGAUAACCAUAUUCAUUCCUUUAGUUAAAAGAUAAAGAAACAUCACUGGCUGCACUUUUAUUGAUUAUUUUAGUGUUUGGAUGAGCCCAUUAUUUCCAAAGGUGUCAUCUUCUUCAACAAAGUCAACACCAACUAAUUUUAAAGAGGAUCUGUUGGUUAGUAGUUAAAAGUGUUAAAAAUCUGUCUUGACUACUUUGGGGCAGAGAAGGAGAUAACAGAACAUGCGGUGUUGUAGUAGUUUUGAUGUAAAUUGCAGAUCAGUAUCACGUACUGCUCGUGUGUAUAAAGUUAAAGAAAGUAUCCGACAAUUCUAACCAAUCUAACUAUCUAACUCAAUCGAAUAAGGUUCAAGAUUAUCAUCUUUGACCGUGUGAGGUUUAAAAAGCGGGCAAAUAGUUGGUUGUAGGUACAUUAGUUUCUGCAAGCUGGUUUUCCUUUUUUGCCCUUUACAAAGGUUUGCAUACCUGUACGUUGUAAAAAGAGCGGUCGAUUUUCGUGAUCUUGAAAUGAUAACACACGAACAAAUUUUUGGAGAAACAGUCAAACAAGAAUGUAACAAUUUGAUUAGUUUAAUGAACGUAGUGGGGACUUAAAUGGGCGCCGCUUUUUGUUGGUUUAGCGGACACGCAAAGCCAAAGAUUACCGGAAGUUGUUUUCCGUAACUUGAGAUACAGGAAGAGGCUGCUGAUGAGACAAUCGAGUGCUUUUGUUUUCCUCGGCGAAAAAAACAAGACAAAACAAAACAAAAAUCCCUGUUUUGAUCCUUUUAGCUAAUGGCUGUAGAUAAAAAAAUUAAUAACACUCGUGGAAACAAUUUUUCCUGGUUGAACGAAAAUCACUCUAUCUGUUUUAUUUUGUAGUGGAAUUUUGUCGAUAAGUACUGUACUGUUUAUUGUAGGAUUACUUAUCGGCAUAUGGAGGGAAUUCAUUGGAUGAGUGGAAAAAGCAUAUACGCGAACAUGACAUGUCCUCUGCAAGGUUUUUGUUUAGAAAGACGUUUUUCGUUUCCGUUUGGGACUGGGUCCAGUUGGGUUGUUCAGGAUGAAAGAUAUUUUUGACGUUGAAAGGGGAUACAAAGUAAAAUAACCCAACUCCGUCAUACUAAAGACAGCAUUCGCCGAUUUCAACUCGUAGGGUUUUCAAUUGCAGCCCUAAUUUGGGUCUCAGUUGGGCUUUGUUCAGAAGGAAGAGCAGAUAUUUAUACGAGGAAGGGGUCUUAUAAGACGUGUCUUAAAAGGAAGCGAAUGUACCAUUUAAAGUAAAAAUAAACCCAACUCCGUCAUACUAAAGACAGCAUUCAAUUUUAACGUCGUUCGCUCAAUUUAAAUCACUACAGGUCUAAAUUGGUUCUGGGAAUUAGUUGCCCGUUUUAGCUUAGUGUGAGUUACGCUUGGAAUGGUCUCUUUGACUAGUAUAAUUCUUAUUUUCCGACUGGCAUCUCGGUCUCCCAUAUGGGCGUCAACCUGCCCCCGCCCCCACGCCUCCCGGGAUGACUUUUGCCUUGGUUAAGAAUGUUUACUGUAGGUAACCUCUACUAUUGUCAUGGAUAUUAACUGGUAAAUCAAUUUUCAUUAAUAUAUAAACAACAGAAAAGAAGAAUAAAAAUAAUCGCGAUUAAUUUUUCGCUUUGUAAUAUAACGCUUGGUAAUUCUGGUGGAGCAUUCGUAAUACCCAGCUUUGUUGCAGUGUCCGAUUGAUUGCUUCAGUUCCUGGAAGACACACAGGACUCAACAAAACCAAGUGGGGACAUCUCAAGCUGCGUAAGGUAAUGUUUUCCUUCCAUUGGCCAUUUUCAACUGUUGCGCGAGGAGAGUUGGUCCUGACUAGUCCCUAGUCCUCUUUAUUUCUGAGGACGGAUCGUGAUCAAAGGGAGCGCGAGGGGUGAUGGAAAGGAGGCGCAUCUCUCGUUAAUAAGGAGCUUAAACAACGACGACGGCGACGUCAACGAGAACAACAAAAAGACUUCUCACAACCUGCAAGAAUCUGAUUUCUUACAUUUGGUUUGUGGGUGGUAAAACGCGCAACACCACUAUUCAGUUUUGCAGUAAUGUUGCGAAACAAGUUGCAAGUUUUAGCUGCCCGUUUUACCCUACGCCAUGGGUUCUAUAGGCCUGUUUUGGGAACAAUGCCGCUUCUUUUAUUUUCUAUUAAUGGGUUAUGUUAUACCGGAAACUGGGUCCCAUAGUGUAGUUGGACACAACACCGACCCAUUAGUAAUCGCAAAAGCAAGAUGGCCAUAUAAAUAGACCUUUUUAACGAUGCGGCGGCGUUAUGGAAUUAAUUAUAUUUAAGAAGUACUAUGGGAUGCUCAGGGAGCAUGAGCACUAUGUGAUAUGUUCGCUCAGAAUUUACGCCCGCUUUUAGGGCCAAUUUUUUUUUUUAAGUUUUCCUAGAAAAAGAUUGUAAUGGGAAAAAAGAUCAUUUUGCCGUGUUUGGAUAUAGUAGUGAUCGCCUUUUUUCCGAGAAAUAUACAAUGAAGUUCUCUUUCUGCCCGAAAACUGCGUGUAAAUACUGAGCAAGUGCCCCCUGGGCAUCCCAUAAUACUCCUUAAAUCCAAUAAAUUCAAUAUGGCCGCCGUAUCAGUAAAAGGGUCUAUUGGUUGACUUAAAAAUUUGCGUGCCGCUUGCACAACAGAAAAAGUACUUGCUUGGUAUUUUGAACAAAACCGUCGAUUACCCCAACAAAGCAUCUUUAAAUGAACAACAUCACACGGUUUACUACAGAACAGAUGCCUUACCAUGAAUAAUUUCAUCAGGUAUUACAUCAAUAUGGUCCUGUCGCGGAUGAUAUCAGCGCCAAGUGGCCCGUGAUUGGUCAGUUUUCUAGCAUAGGAUCCCUUGGGAAUGACAAGGAUCGUUGGCUGUGUGCUGAGUGGCUGCAAAGUUUAUCAACUUGUUCUGGCAGCAUGAUGUCAAAGCCCCCGCUGCGUCUGGUAGGCAUACAGCUAUUUCGAGAAAGGUUGUCGGAAAAAAAUGUGUACGCGACAAUCCCGAAAGGUAAUAUGGGAUUUGAGUAAUAACCUGUUCCUGACACAGUAGCUGUCGAACCUACUAUUGUUUUUUUCCUUUAGCAAUUAUAAACAUAAGUCCAUGGCCUCUCGUGUCAUUCUUGCAAAUUUCUUUGAAGAACAGUGAACUCAAAACGACCCACAAUACCUUUCGGCAUUGUCGCGUGCACUUUUUCCGACAACCUUUCUCGAAAUAGCUGUAUACGUUUGUACCUCACCUGGUCCUCUAAUAAAUAAUUCCGCUUUACGAUGCUGUAGUAAUAAAAAAGGACGAAUUGCAAUCUAGUGCUGAAUGACUAAUUAGUCGCUAGAGACCUUUAGACUCUGAAACGAUUGCGUCAUUUUGGCGGGAAAAUGUGAUUGCCGUGGUCAUUCUACUACGAGUUUUAGCGUGAUUGUCGUGGUGGCGGAAACAAGUUAUCAAAUGUUAGAAGUUUUAGCAUUUUGCGAUCCGAAGAGGGCUUAACCUCCUGCAAUAAAGAUAACAGUGCUAAUUUUUUUUGACUGAAGUUAUGAUCAUCGUUUGUUCCUAUCACUGCAGAUUUUUCCAACUGUGGAUGUUGUUCGUAAUAGCUUGGAAGGCUAUCCAGGUAUGGCGUAGAUUUUGAAAUUAUUAGUAAGUAUUUACAGCUCUUACUCGGUGUAAAAACCUGUGAACCUCACGAGCGACGUAAAACAAUUUUAUUAAUACAAAGAAGCCAGUGAAAAGUCAAAACAAUAGAACCAAGGAAAAUAAUAGCUAGAAAACAAAGAAAAACUUCACAGGUUUUUACACCGAGGAUGACCCCAAUUUACUGAAUUUGGGAAUGGACAGUUGUAUGAAAGAAAUUCAUGCUAAUAUUUGCCCCACCUUCAUAGUAUACACUGGGAAGCUAGUACAUAAUAGUGACGACUAAUAUAAUCUUGAUUGCUGUAUUCCAAAGUGUUAGGAUACUGUCUUGUAACGUUUUUCUGACUGGCUGUCAACACUGAGGUUCCCGAGAACAUUAGUACCUGGUUACCGGCACAAAAACUGGGUUGUCUUCACACCUUGAGUGCCCGAUAUAUAACUGUGUACAUAGUCCUGUGAGGCGCCAUCAGUUGAAACUUCAUCUUAACAGGGAUAACAAGCAGUUGAUUGCCCCGGACCUAACACACAGGGACCAGAAUCACAACAGCCUACUGGAAGCCAAAUUAUUAAAAAAAAUUGUAUGAAAAUCUAUCUUAAGAUCGAUAAAAGCGGCUAACGCCGUUUAUAGGGCAGGAAACAGUAAGAGAACAACACAGGCACAACUUUUUAUGAGGUAUGUAUACUUAAAUAGCUGCUUUUGUACACUUUAACCGUUUUAUCGAUCUUAAGAUGAAUUUCCAUACAAAUCGUCAUGAUUUGGCUUUGAUUCUGGGCUCCCUGUGGAACUAACAACAACGGUAUGCCAUAGGGACCCAGUGCUCACUCUAGUACCCGGCGCUUGAAUUUGGGCGUGAGUACUUGAAAAAGGGUGUGUUCACAUUAGUGCCCAAUGAGUAUCGUGCGUGGGCCCCACACCAAGUGUAAACGCGGCCUUAGAUUUGUUUUCCUUUCUUCUUUUAAGCUGGAGGUUCACUUCCUUAUAGUUCAAGUACCGCAGCAAAGCAACCUUACCUCACAAACUUCCUUUGGUAAGUAGACAUAUGUUUUAUUAUUCUACUAUUAUGUCAUUUUACCAUAUAAGGUCAAGAGAACAAGCAAAAUACGAGGCCGUAAUACACCGUAGUGUCCUGGUUUAACCGGUUUACAACAGGGCGAAUACUACGCAAGUCGCAAAAUAUCCGCACGUAUUAUAUGCUAAACCAUCGAAUAAGGUGUAUGUAUUACAUAUGCCACCAAAUGCACUCUUCAGGUACCUACCUUGAGGACAUUCCAAUAUCCCGCAGAAACAUCGAUCAACGGUUUAGCUGCCACGUAGCGUACAGGCAUUUUCUAUAAAUUAAGGCACUACAUGUCCCUGUCUCAACUCAAACAGCUAUAUUAUAACCUUCAUAUUUCCUCUUAUUUCGUAUGCCAUAUUAGCAUGGGGUAGUGCCUAUCAAUUGCAGAUCAACAAAGUCCAACUAAAACAAAAUACAGUAAUUAGAGUAAUGUUCUUCGCCGUAACUCACGGGAAGAACACAGAAAGCGCUCUUUCUCUCAUGAAUCUAUUCAACGUGUUGUUAAUGAAAUCUGUCCACCAGCUACAGGCCCUUAAAUUUUCCUUCCGUUGGCACAAAAAAGGAGUUGCCAAGCAUUUUUCAAAAUUAUUUCCAGUAUGCCGAUCAAGUGCGCAACUAUAAUACACGAUAUGCCCCAAAAGAGAACUUUUAUAAGCCACGCACAAGAACGAAUAUUGGAAAACAAUCAAUCCAAUCCAUAGCUGUUGACCUCGGGAAAAAUCUUCCCCUUCAUUUGAAAGACCUCCCAAAUUACUCCUUCCCACGCUUACUAAAACAUCAUCUACUGAUUAGACAAUUUGAAAGUUAGCCAUAUUCGUUCUUUUCAAUCUCCAUAUUGCUGGUUUUCACAUGACGUCACUAAAAUUCAAACUACAAAACUAUCGAUCCUACCGUGAUUUUACUUUCACGAUGUCUUAGAGCAGCUAAAAAUAAUUUUCAUACAAAUUUUCGCUUCAAAAGGGUUCUUGGUUUUGUGAUAGAGUACGCUUGAAUUUCUAAUCUUUUGCGUGACGCGGUAUUUACGGCCAAGAGAGCUGUCAUGUAGGUUAAAAAAAGGACUUAUUUCAGGGAAUUUUCCUAUCUAAACAGUUCAUGUAUUAGAAAAAUGUAUUAAUGAAAAAGAAUAAAUUACUUUUUGGCAAAAUGUUUAUGAAUUCUUCAGAAGAAUAAAUUCAUAUAACGCUCUAUAAAUUUUUGUGGAAAAAACCUGAAAGGCAUAUUUACGUCCUUUCAUUUCCCAGACGGACUUUAAAACGGUUUUGAUUUUAAGAUCUAUUUUCAUCAACCUGAAAACCCAAUAGUGUGUAAUGUGUGUUAUUUACUUACUUACUUAAACAUCUUUGUUAUAAAAAAAUGCAUAGCACGAAAUCGUAAGUUCAUUUAUGUAACAAUUCUUCUUUUCUUUUCAUUAGCUAUCAAAACAUGUAAAAAUUCUCCAUUGGAUGUAAUAGCAAAGGUUUUUGUUGUUGUUGUUGUUGUUGUUGUUAUUGUUUAGCUGUUGCUCUUUACCUUCACUAAAAUUGUUUCAAUCUAUUUUAAUAAUCAUAUUUUAUUAGUUCUUGGAAAUCCCGUUCCUGUGGAAGAACUCGUGCCUCUCCUCACAUAAAAACGUACACAAGAGCAUCUCCCGACUGGACACAGGUGGCCUGGUUUCUAAUGACAAGGUAAGCUAGAGCUACGUGGUAACAAAAACUACAACUUGAGAUCAGUUUUCCUGUCCAUGAACACAGGAAGACAUAUAAAUACCGCAACUUUAUAUCAACUUUCCUGCAGAUAAGCACAUGAAGAUAAAUACAUCCCGCAACUUUAUAUAACCUUUCCUACAGAUGAACGCGUGAUAAUAUAUACAUACCGCAACUUUAUGUCAACUUUCGCGUCGACGAACACGUAAAGAUAUAUACCGACCGCAACUUUAUAUUAACGUUCAUGCAGAUGAACACGUGAUAAUAAACAUGCCACAACUUCUAUGAACUUUCCUGCAGAUAAGCACGUGAUGAUAUAUACAUACCGCAACUUUAUAUAAACUUUUCUGCAGAUAAACACGUGGUAAUAUAUACAUGUUACAACUUUAUAUUAAUUUCCUGCAGAUGAACAUGUGAUGAUAUAUACAUACCGCAACUUUAUAUGAACUUUUCUGCAGAUGAACACGUGGUAAUAUAUACAUGUUACAACUUUAUAUCAACUUUCCUGCACACGAACACGUGAUAAUAUAUGCAUACGGCAACUUUAUAUCUACUUUUCGGCAAAUGAACACGUGAUAAUAUAUACAUACCGUAACUUUAUAUCAACUUUCCCGUCAAUGAACACCUAAAGAUAUAUGCAGACCGCAACUAUAUAUUAACAUUCAUGCAGAUCAACACGUGAUAAUAUAACCCCGCCGCAACUUUUAACAACUUUCCUGCAGGUGAACACGUGAUGAUAUACGCAUUCCACAACUUUAUAUAUACUCUCCUAAGGAUGACCACAUGAUGAGAUAUACAUACUGCAACUUUAUAUCUACUUUUCUGUAGAUGAACACGUGAUAAUAUAGAAUAUAGACAUACCGCAACUUUAUGCCAAAUUUCCUGCCGAUAAACACCUGAUGAUAUAUACAUACCGCAACUUUAUAUAACCUUUCCUGCACACGAACACGUGAUAAUAUAUACAUACCGCAACUUUAUAUGAACUUUUCUGCAGACGAACACCUGAUGAUAUAUACAUACCGUAACUUUAUAUGAAUUAUCCUGGAGAUGAACACGUGAUCAUAUAUAUAUACCGCAACUUUAUAUCAAUUUUCCUGCAGAUAAACACCUGAUGAUAUAUACAUGCCGCAACUUUAUAUCAAACUUUCCUGCACACGAACACGUAAUAAUAUAUACAUACCGCAACUUUAUAUGAACUUUUCUGCAGAUGAACACAUGGUAAUAUAUACAUGUUACAACUUUAUAUUAACUAUCCUGCAGAUAAACACCUGAUGAUAUGUACAUACCGCAACUUUAUAUCAACUUUUCUGCAGACGAAAACCUGAUGAUAUAUACAUACCGUAACUUUAUAUGAGUUAUCCUGCAGAUGAACAUGUGAUCAUAUAUAUAUACCGCAACUUUAUAUCAAUUUUCCAGCAGAUAAACACGUGAUGAUAUAUACAUACUGCAACUUUAUAUCAACUUUCCUGCACAUGAACACCUGAUGAUAUAUCCAUACCGCAACUUUAUAUCAAUUUUCCUGCAGAUAAACAUGUGAUGAUAUAUACAUACCGCAACUUUAUAUCAACUUUCCUGCAGAUGAACUCCUGAUGAUAUAUACAUACCGCAACUUUAUAUAACCUUUCCUGCAGAUGAAAACGUGAUGAUAUAUACAUACCGCAACUUUAUAUCAACUUUCCUGCAGAUGAAGACCUGGUGAUAUAUACAUAGCGCAACUUUAUAUCAACUUUCCUGCAGAUGAACACCUGAUGAUAUAUACAUACCGGAACUUUAUAUCAACUUUCUUGGAGAUAAUCACCUGAUGAUAUAUACAUACCGCAACUUUAUAUCAAUUUUCCUUUAGAUGAACUAUUGAUGAUAUAUAUAUAUACCGCAACUUUAUAUCAAUUUUCCUGGAGAUGAACACCUGAUGAUAUAUACAUACCGCAACUUUAUAUCAACUUUCCUGCAGAUGAACACCUGAUGAUAUAUACAUAGCACAACGUUAUAUCAACUUUCCUGCAGAUGAACACGUGAUGAUAUAUACAUACCGGAACUUUAUAUCAACUUUCUUGGAGAUAAUCACCUGAUGAUAUAUACAUAGCGCAACUUUAUAUCAAUUUUCCUUUAGAUGAACUCUUGAUGAUAUAUACAUACCCUAACUUUAUAUCAAUUUUCCUGGAGAUGAACACGUGAUGAUAUAUACAUACCGCAACUUUAUAUCAACUUUCCUGCAGAUGAACACCGGAUGAUAAAUACAUACCGCAACUUUAUGUCAAUUUUCCUGCAGAUGAACACCGGAUGAUACUUAUAUACCGCAACUUUAUAUCAAUUUUCCUGACGUUGAACACCUGAUGAUAUAUAUAUACCGCAACUUUUUAUCAAUUUUCCGGCAGAUGAACACGUGAUGAUAUAUACAUACCGCAACUUUAUAUCAACUUUCCUGCAGAUGAACAUGUGAUGAUAUAUACAUACCGCAACUUGAUAUCAACUUUCCUGCGGAUGAACACCUGAUGAUAUAUAGAUACUGAAAGUUUAUAUCAACUUUCCUGCUGAUGAACACCUGACGAUAUAUACAUACCGCAACUUUAUAUCAAUUUUCCUGCAGAAAAACACGGGAGGAUACGUAGAUAUCGCAACUUUAUAUCAACUUUCUUGGAGAUAAUCACCUGAUGAUAUAUACAUACCGUAACUUUAUAUCAAUUUUCCUUUAUAUGAACUCUUGAUGAUAUAUAUAUAUAUACCGCAACUUUAUAUCAAUUUUCCUGGAGAUGAACACCUGAUGAUAUAUACAUACCGCAACUUUAUAUCAACUUUCGUGCAGAUGAACAGGUGAUGAUAUAUACAUAACGCAACUUUAUAUCAAUUUUCCUGCAGAAAAACACCGGAUGAUAUGUAGAUAUCGCAACUUUAUAUCAACUUUCUUGGAGAUAAUCACCUGAUGAUAUAUACAUACCGUAACUUUAUAUUAAUUUUCCUUUAGAUGAACUCUUGAUGAUAUAUAUAUAUAUACCGCAACUUUAUAUCAAUUUUCCUGGAGAUGAACACCUGAUGAUAUAUACAUACCGCAACUUUAUAGCAACUUUCCUGCAGAUGAACACCUGAUGAUAUAUACAUAGCGCAACUUUAUAUCAACUUUCCUGCAGAUGAACACGUGAUGAUAUAUACAUACCGGAACUUUAUAUCAACUUUCUUGGAGAUAAUCACCUGAUGAUAUAUACAUACCGCAACUUUAUAUCAAUUUUCCUUUAGAUGAACUAUUGAUGAUAUAUAUAUAUACCGCAACUUUAUAUCAAUUUUCCUGGAGAUGAACACCUGAUGAUAUAUACAUACCGCAACUUUAUAUCAACUUUCCUGCAGAUGAACACCUGAUGAUAUAUACAUACCACAACUUUAUAUCAACUUUCCUGCAGAUGAACACCUGAUGAUAUAUACAUACCCCAACUUUAUAUCCAUUUUCCUCCAGAUGAAUACGUGAUGAUUUAUACAUACCACAACUUUAUAUCAAUUUUCCUGCAGAUGAACACGUAAUGAUAUAUACAUACCGCAACUUUAUGUCAACUUUCCUGCAGAUGAACACCUGAUGAUAUAUACAUACCGCAACUUGAUAUCAAUUUUCCAGCAGAUGAACACGUGAUGAUAUAUACAUACCGCAGCUUUAUAUCAACUUUCCUGCACAUGAACACCGGAUGAUAUAUACAUAGCGCGACUUUAUAUCAAUUUUCCAGCAGAUGAACACGUGAUGAUAUAUACAUAUCGCAACUUUAUAUCAAUUUUCCUGCAGAUAAACACCUGAUGAUAUAUAGAUACCGCAACUUUCUAUCAACUUUCCUGGAGAUAAUCACCUGAUGAUAUAUACAUACCGCAACUUUAUAUCAAUUUUCCUUUAGAUGAACUCUGGAUGAUAUAUACAUACCGCAACUUUAUAUCAAUUUUCCUGGAGAUGAACACGUGAUGAUAUAUACAUACCGCAAGUUUAUAUCAACUUUCCUGCAGAUGAACACCUGAUUAUAUAUACAUAGCGCAACUUUAUAUCAAUUUUGCAGCAGAUGAACACGUGAUGAUAUAUACAUACCGCAAUUGUAUAUCAACUUUCUUGCAGUUGAGCACCUGAUAAUAUAUAUAUACCGUUGCUUUAUAUCAAUUUUCCAGCUGAUGAACACGUGAUGAUAUAUACAUACCGCAACUUUAUAUCAACUUUCCUGCAGAUGAACACGUGAUGAUAUAUACAUACCGCAACUUUAUAUCAACUUUCCUGCAGAUGAACACCUGAUGAUAUAUACAUACCGCAACUUUAUAUCAAUUUUCCUGCAGAUGAACACCUGAUGAUAUAUACAUACCGCAACUUUAUAUCAAUUUUCCUGCAGAUGAACACGUAAUGAUAUAUACAUACCGCAACUUUAUAUCAACUUUCCUGCAGAUGAACACCUGAUGAUAUAUACAUACCGGAACUUGAUAUCAAUUUUCCGUAGAUGAACACGUGAUGAUAUAUACAUACCGCAACUUUAUAUCAAUUUUCUAUCAGAUGAACAGCUGAUGAUAUAUACAUACCGGAACUUGAUAUCAAUUUUCCAGCAGAUGACCACGUGAUGAUAUAUACAUACCCCAGCUUUGUAUCAACUUUCCUUCAGAUGAACACGUGAUGAUAUAUACAUACCGCAACUUAAGAUCAACUUUCUUGCAGAUGAACACCUGAUGAUACAACAUAGCGCAACUUUAUAUAAAUUUUCCAGCAGAUGAGCUCGUGAUGAUAGAUACAUACCGCAACUUUAUAUCAACUUUCUUGCAGAUGAACAGGUGAUGAUAUAUACAUAACGCAACUUUAUAUCAAUUUUCCUGCAGAUAAACACCUGAUGAUAUUUACAUACCGGAACUUUAUAUCAACUUUCUGGGAGAUAAUCACCUGAUGAUAUAUACAUACCGCAACUUUAUAUCAAUUUUCCUUUAGAUGAACUCUUGAUGAUAUAUAUAUACGGCAACUUUAUAUCGAGUUUCCUGGAGAUGAACACGUGAUGAUAUAUACAUACCGCAACUUUAUAUCAACUUUCCUGCAGAUGAACACCUGAUGAUAUAUACAUAGCGCAACUUUAUAUCAACUUUCUUGCAGAUGAACACGUGAUGAUAUAUACAUAACGCAAGUUUAUAUCAAUUUUGCUGCAGAUAAACACCUGAUGAUAUAUACAUACCGCAACUUUAUAUCAACUUUCUCGGAGAUAAUCACCGUAUGAUAUAUACAUACCGUAACUUUAUAUCAAUUUUUCUGGAGAUCAACACGUGAUGAUAUAUACAUACCGCAACUUUAUAUCAACUUUCCUGCAGAUGAACACCUGAUGAUAUAUACAUACCGCAACUUUAUAUAAAUUUUCCUGCAGAUGAACACCGGAUGAUACUUACAUACCGCAACUUUAUAUCAAUUUUCCUGCAGUUGAACACCUGAUGAUAUAUAUAUACCGCAACUUUAUAUCAAUUUUCCGGCAGAUGAACACGUGAUGAUAUAUACAUACCGCAACUUUAUAUCAACUUUCCUGCAGAUGAACACCUGAUGAUAUAUACAUACCGCAACUUUAUAUAAAUUUUCCUGCAGAUGAACACCGGAUGAUACUUACAUACCGCAACUUUAUAUCAAUUUUCCUGCAGUUGAACACCUGAUGAUAUAUAUAUACCGCAACUUUAUAUCAACUUUCCUGCAGAUGAACACGUGAUGAUAUAUACAUAACGCAACUUUAUAUAAAUUUUGCUGCAGAUAAACACCUGAUGAUAUAUACAUACCGCAACUUUAUAUCAACUUUCUCGGAGAUAAUCACCGUAUGAUAUAUACAUACCGCAACUUUAUAUCAAUUUUCUAUCAGAUGAACAGCUGAUGAUAUAUACAUACCGGAACUUGAUAUCAAUUUUCCAGCAGAUGAACACGUGAUGAUAUAUACAUACCCCAGCUUUAUAUCAACUUUCCUUCAGAUGAACACGUGAUGAUAUAUACAUACCGCAACUUAAGAUCAACUUUCUUGCAGAUGAACACCUGAUGAUAAAACAUGGCGCAAGUUUAUAUAAAUUUUCCAGCAGAUGAGUUCGUGAUGAUAGAUACAUACCGCAACUUUAUAUCAACUUUCUUGCAGAUGAACAGGUGAUGAUAUAUACAUAACGCAACUUUAUAUCAAUUUUCCUGCAGAUAAACACCUGAUGAUAUUUACAUACCGGAACUUUAUAUCAACUUUCUGGGAGAUAAUCACCUGAUGAUAUAUACAUACCGCAACUUUAUAUCAAUUUUCCUUUAGAUGAACUCUUGAUGAUAUAUAUAUACGGCAACUUUAUAUCGAGUUUCCUGGAGAUGAACACGUGAUGAUAUAUACAUACCGCUACUUUAUAUCAACUUUCCUGCAGAUGAACACCUGAUGAUAUAUACAUAACGCAAGUUUAUAUCAAUUUUGCUGCAGAUAAACACCUGAUUAUAUAUACAUACCGGAACCUUAUAUCAACUUUCUCGGAGAUAAUCACCGUAUGAUAUAUACAUACCGCAACUUUAUAUCAAUUUUUCUGGAGAUCAACACGUGAUGAUAUAUACAUACCGCAACUUUAUAUCAACUUUCCUGCAGAUGAACACCUGAUGAUAUAUACAUACCGCAACUUUAUAUAAAUUUUCCUGCAGAUGAACACCGGAUGAUACUUACAUACCGCAACUUUAUAUCAAUUUUCCUGCAGUUGAACACCUGAUGAUAUAUAUAUACCGCAACUUUAUAUCAAUUUUCCGGCAGAUGAACACGUGAUGAUAUAUACAUAGCGCAACUUUAUGUCAACUUUCCUGCAGAUGAACACGUGAUGAUAUAUACAUAACGCAACUUUAUAUAAAUUUUGCUGCAGAUAAACACCUGAUGAUAUAUACAUACCGCAACUUUAUAUCAACUUUCUCGGAGAUAAUCACCGUAUGAUAUAUACAUACCGCAACUUUAUAUCAAUUUUCUAUCAGAUGAACAGCUGAUGAUAUAUACAUACCGGAACUUGAUAUCAAUUUUCCAGCAGAUGAACACGUGAUGAUAUAUACAUACCCCAGCUUUAUAUCAACUUUCCUUCAGAUGAACACGUGAUGAUAUAUACAUACCGCAGCUUAAGAUCAACUUUCUUGCAGAUGAACACCUGAUGAUACAACAUAGCGCAAGUUUAUAUAAAUUUUCCAGCAGAUGAGCUCGUGAUGAUAGAUACAUACCGCAAGUUUAUAUCAACUUUCUUGCAGAUGAACAGGUGAUGAUAUAUACAUAACGCAACUUUAUAUCAAUUUUCCUGCAGAUAAACACCUGAUGAUAUUUACAUACCGGAACUUUAUAUCAACUUUCUGGGAGAUAAUCACCUGAUGAUAUAUACAUACCGCAACUUUAUAUCAAUUUUCCUUUAGAUGAACUCUUGAUGAUAUAUAUAUACGGCAACUUUAUAUCGAGUUUCCUGGAGAUGAACACGUGAUGAUAUAUACAUACCGCUACUUUAUAUCAACUUUCCUGCAGAUGAACACCUGAUGAUAUAUACAUAGCGGAACUUUAUAUCAACUUUCCUGCAGAUGAACACGUGAUGAUAUAUACAUAACGCAAGUUUAUAUCAAUUUUGCUGCAGAUAAACACCUGAUGAUAUAUACAUACCGCAACUUUAUAUCAACUUUCUCGGAGAUAAUCACCGUAUGAUAUAUACAUACCGCAACUUUAUAUCAAUUUUUCUGGAGAUGAACACGUGAUGAUAUAUACAUACCGCAACUUUAUAUCAACUUUCCUGCAGAUGAACACCUGAUGAUAUAUACAUACCGCAACUUUAUAUAAAUUUUCCUGCAGAUGAACACCGGAUGAUACUUACAUACCGCAACUUUAUAUCAAUUUUCCUGCAGUUGAACACCUGAUGAUAUAUAUAUACCGCAACUUUAUAUCAAUUUUCCGGCAGAUGAACACGUGAUGAUAUAUACAUACCGCAACUUUACAUCAACUUUCCUGCAGAUGAACAUGUGAUGAUAUAUACAUACCGCAACUUUAUAUCAACUUUCCUGCAGAUGAACAUCUGAUGAUAUAUACAUACUGUAAGUUUAUAUCAACUUUCCUGCAGAUGAACACCUGAUGAUAUAUACAUACCGCAACUUUAUAUCAACUUUCCUGCAGAUAAACACCUGAUGAUAUAUACAUACCGCAACUUUAUAUCAACUUUCCUGCUGAUGAACACCUGAUGAUAUAUACAUACCGCAACUUUAUAUCAAUUUUCCUGCAGAUGAACACGUGAUGAUAUAUACAUACCGCAACUUUAUAUCAACUUUCCUGCAGAUGAACACCUUAUGAUAUAUACAUACCGCAACUUUAUAUCAAUUUUUCUGCAGAUGAAUACCUGAUGAUAUAUACAUACCGCAACUUUAUAUCAACUUUCCUGCAGAUGAACAUGUGAUGAUAUAUACAUGUUGCAACUUUAUAUCAACUUUACUGCAGAUGGACACGUGAUGAUAUCUACAUACCGCAACUUUAUAUCAACUUUCCUGCAGAUGAACACCUGAUGAUAUAUACACACGGCAACUUUACAUCAAUUUUCCUGCAGCGGAACACGUGAUGAUAUAUACAUACACCAACUUUAUAUCAACUUUCCUGCAGAUGAACACCUGACGAUAUAUACAUGGGGAAACUUUAUAUCAAUUUUCCCGCAGUUGUACUCGUGAUGAUAUAUACAUACCGCAACUUUAGAUCAAUUUUUUAGCAGAUGAACACGGGAUGAUAUAUACAUACCGCAACUUUAUAUCAACUUUCCUGCAGAUAAACACGUGAUGAUAUAUACAUACCGCAACUUUAAAUCAACUUUCCUGCAGAUGAACACCUGAUGAUAUAUACAUACUGCAACUUUAUAUCAAUUUUCCAGCAGAUGAACACGUGAUGAUAGAUACAUACCGCAACUUUAUAUCAACUUUCCUGCAGAUGAACAGGUGAUGAUGUAUACAUAACGCAACUUUAUAUCAAUUAUCCUGCAGAUAAACACCGGAUGAUAUGUAGAUAUCGCAACUUUAUAUCAACUUUCUUGGAGAUAAUCACCUGAUGAUAUAUACAUACCGCAACUUUAUAUCAAUUUUCUAUCAGAUGAACAGCUGAUGAUAUAUACAUACCGGAACUUUAUAUCAAUUUUCCAGCAGAUAAACACGUGAUGAUAUAUAGAUACCGCAGCUUUAUAUCAACUUUCCUGCAGAUGAACACGUGAUGAUAUAUACAUACCGCAACUUAAGAUCAACUUUCUUGCAGAUGAACACCUGAUGAUACAAUAUAGUGCAACUUUAUAUAAAUUUUCCAGCAGAUGAGCUCGUGAUGAUAGAUACAUACCGCAACUUUAUAUCAACUUUCCUGCAGAUGAACAGGUGAUGAUAUAUACAUAACGCAACUUUAUAUCAAUUUUCCUGCAGAUAAACACCGGAUGAUAUAUACAUACCGCAACUUUAUAUCAACUUUCUGGGAGAUAAUCACCUGAUGAUAUAUACAUACCGCAACUUUAUAUCAAUUUUCCUUUAGAUGAACUCUUGAUGAUAUAUAUAUACCGCAACUUUAUAUCAAGUUUCCUGGAGAUGAACACGUGAUGAUAUAUACAUACCGCAACUUUAUAUCAACUUUCCUGCAGAUGAACACCUGAUGAUAUAUACAUAGCGCAACUUUAUAUCAACUUUCUUGCAGAUGAACACGUGAUGAUAUAUACAUAACGCAAGUUUAUAUCAAUUUUGCUGCAGAUAAACACCGGAUGAUAUAUACAUACCGCAACUUUAUAUCAGCUUUCUUGGAGAUAAUCACCGGAUGAUAUAUACAUACCACAACUUUAUAUCAAUUUUCUUUGAGAUGAACUCUUGAUAAUAUAUAUACAUACCGCAACUUUAUAUCAAUUUUCCUGGAGAUGAACACGUGAUGAUAUAUUCAUACCGCAACUUUAUAUCAACUUUCCUGCAGAUGAACACCUGAUGAUAUAUACAUACCGCAACUUUAUAUAAAUUUUCCUGCAGAGGAACACCGGAUGAUACUUACAUACCCCAACUUUAUAUCAAUUUUCCGGCAGAUGAACACGUGAUGAUAUAUACAUCCCGCAACUUUAUAUCAACUUUCCUGCAGAUGAACAUGUGAUGAUAUAUACAUACCGCAACUUUACAUCAACUUUCCUGCAGAUGAACACCUGAUGAUAUAUAUAUACUGUAAGUUUAUAUCAACUUUCCUGCAGAUGAACACCUGAUAAUAUAUACAUACCGCAACUUUAUAUCAACUUUCCUGCAGAUAAACACGUGAUGUUAUAUACAUACCGUAACUUUAUAUUAACUUUCCUGCUGAUGAACACCUGAUGAUACAUACAUACUGCAACUUUAUAUCAAUUUUCCUGCAGAUGAGCACGUGAUGAUAUAUACAUACCGCAACUUUAUAUGAACUUUCCUGCAGAUGAACACGUUAUGAUAUAUACAUACCGCAACUUUAUAUCAACUUUCCUGCAGAUGAACAUGUGAUGAUAUAUACAUGUUACAACUUUAUAUCAACUUUCCUGCAGAUGAACACCUGAUGAUAUAUACAUACCGCAACUUUAUAUCAAUUUUCCUGCAGAUGAACACGUGAUGAUAUAUACAUACCGCAACUUUAUAUCAACUUUCCUGCAGAUGAACACCUGAUGAUAUAUACAUACCGAAAUUUUAUAUCAAUUUUCCUGCAGAUGAACACGUGAUGAUAUAUACAUACCGCAACUUUAUAUCAAUUUUCCAGCAGAUGAACACGUGAUGAUAUAUACAUACCGCAACUUUAUAUCAACUUUCCUGCAGAUGAACACGUGAUGAUAUAUACAUACCGCAACUUUAUAUCAACUUUUUUGCAGAUGAACACCUGAUGAUAUAUACAUAGGGCAACUUUAUAUCAAUUUUUCAGCAGAUGAACACGUUGUGAUAGAUACAUACCGCAACUUUAGAUCAACUUUCCUGCAGAUGAACAGGUGAUGAUAUAUACAUAACGCAACUUUAUAUGAAUUUUCCUGCAGAUAAACACCGGAUGAUAUGUAGAUACCGCAACUUUAUAUCAACUUUCUUGGAGAUAAUCACCUGAUGAUAUAUACAUACCGCAACUUUAUAUCAAUUUUCCUUUAGAUGAACUCUUGAUGAUAUAUAUAUAUACCGCAACUUUAUAUCAAUUUUCCUGGAGAUGAACACCUGAUGAUAUAUACAUACCGCAACUUUAUAUCAACUUUCCUGCAGAUGAACACCUGAUGAUAUAUACAUAGCGCAACUUUAUAUCAACUUUCCUGCAGAUGAACACGUGAUGAUAUAUACAUACCGGAACUUUAUAUCAACUUUCUUGGAGAUAAUCACCUGAUGAUAUUUACAUAGCGCAACUUUAUAUGAAUUUUCCUUUAGAUGAACUCUUGAUGAUAUAUACAUACCGUAACUUUAUAUCAAUUUUCCUGGAGAUGAACACGUGAUGAUAUAUACAUACCGCAACGUUAUAUCAACUUUCCUGCAGAUGAACACCGGAUGAUAUAUACAUACCGCAACUUUAUAUCAAUUUUCCUGCAGAUGAACACCGGAUGAUACUUAUAUACCGAAAGUUUAUAUCAAUUUUCCUGCAGUUGAACACCUGAUGAUAUAUAUAUACCGCAACUUUAUAUCAAUUUUCCGGCAGAUGAACACGUGAUGAUAUAUACAUACCGCAACUUUAUAUCAACUUUCCUGCAGAUGAACACCUGAUGAUAUAUACAUACCGCAACUUUAUAUCAACUUUCCUGCAGAUGAACACCUGAUGAUAUAUACAUACCGUAACUUUAUAUCAACUUUCCUGCAGAUGAACACGUGAUGAUAUAUACAUACCGCAACUUUAUAUCAACUUUCCUGCAGAUGAACACCUGAUGAUAUAUACAUACCGUAACUUUAUAUCAAUUUUCCUGCAGAUGAACACGUGAUGAUAUAUACAUACCGCAACUUUAUAUCAACUUUUCUGCAGAUGAACACCUGAUGAUAUAUACAUACCGCAACUUUAUAUCAAUUUUCCUGCAGAUGAACACGUGAUGAUAUAUACAUACCGCAACUUUAUAUAAACUUUCCUGCUGAUGAACACCUGAUGAUAUAGACAUACCGUAACUUUAUAUCAACUUUCCGUCAGAUGAACACGUGAUGAUAUAUACAUAGCGCAACUUUAUAUCAACUUUCCUGCAGAUGAACACGUGAUGAUAUAUACAUGUUACAACUUUAUAUGAACUUUUCUGCAGAUGAACACGUGAUGAUAUAUACAUAUUGCAACUUUAUAUCAACUUUCCUGCAGAUAAACACGGAGGAUAUAUACAUACCGCAACUUUAUAUAAACUUUCCUGCUGAUGAACACCUGAUGACAUAUAUAACCGUAACUUUAUAUCAACUUUCCGUCAGAUGAACACGUGAUGAUAUAUACAUACCGCAACUUUAUAUCAACUUUUCUGCUGAUGAACACGUGAUGAUAUAUACAUACCGCAACUUUAUAUCAACUUUCCUGCAGAUGAACACGUGAUGAUAUGUACAUACCGCAACUUUAUAUCAAAUUUCCUGCAGAUGAACACGUGAUGAUAUGUACAUGUUACAAUUUUAUAUCAACUUUCCAUCAGAUGAACACGUGAUGAGAUAUACAUACCGCAACUUUAUAUCAACUUUCCUGCAGAGGAAGACCUGAUGACAUAUAGAUACCGCAACUUUAUAUCAACUUUCCUGCAGAUGAACACGUGAUCAUAUAUACAUGGUACAACUUUAUAUCAACUUUUCUGCUGAUGAACACCUUAUAAUAUAUACAUACCGUAACUUUAUAUCAACUUUCCUGCAGAUUAACACGUGAUGAUAUAUACAUACCGUAACUUUAUAUUAACUUUCCUGCUGAUGAACACCUGAUGAUACAUACAUACCGCAACUUUAUAUUAACUUUCCUGCAGAUGAUAUCGUGAUGAUAUAUACAUACCGCAACUUUAUAUCAACUUUCCUGCAGAGGAAGACCUGAUGACAUAUACAUACCGCAACUUUAUAUCAACUUUUCUGCAGAUGAACACCUGAUGAUAUAUACAUACCGUAACUUUAUACCAACUUUCUUACAGAAGAACACGUGAUGAUAUAUACAUACCGUAACUUUACAUCAACUUUCUUGCAGAUGAACCCCUUAUGAUAUCUACAUACUGCAACUUUAUAUCAACUUUACUGCAGAUGAACACCUGAUGAUAUUCACAUACCGUAACUUUAUACCAACUUUCCUGCACACGAACACGUGAUGAUAUAUACAUACUGCAACUUUAUAUCAAUUUUCCUGCAGAUGAACACGUGGAAAUAUAUACAGAUUGCAACGUUUUUUCAACUUCCCUGCAGAUGAACAGGUGUGGAUAUAUUCAUGCGGCAACUUUAUAUCAUUUUUUGUUCGAUGAAGACGUGAUGAUAGAUAUUUUUGCCGCAGCUUUAUAUCCAGUUUCCUGUAGAUAAAGACGUGAUAAUUAAUAUAUACAUUAUGCAAGUUGAUAUCAACUUUCUUGUACAUACUGAAACUGUUCGUAUAAGGACGUUUUGUUACAGAAAGCUUCAAAUUCGUUGUAUAUUACGUCGAAACACGGCUGCCUUUUUGAGAAUUUUUUCACGUAUGCGCUUUUUGAUCGCCUCUCACAUUCCUUACUGGCGAUCACGUGCAGAAAUCGGAUUUGACCAGAUCUCGCCUUCCACUUUGUCGACAUGAGAUAUGGGUACGAGAUUACUGUAGAUGAACACGUGAUGAUAUAUACAUACCGCAACUUUAUAUCAUCUUUCUUGUUGAUAAACACUUGAUGAUAUAUACUUGUUGCAACUAAUACUGUUCCUUCGAUGAACACGUGAUGAUAUAUUCAUGACGCAACUUUAUAUCAACUUUCCUGGUGGUGAAUACGUUAUAAUAGGGAGCUUGAGCAACAGCAUUUUUGAGCGACGGACGUGAACCGGAAGUAGACAUUUUACAUCAUUGGUUAGUGGUUUGGUUGAAACUCUCGGGUAAACCGUGUUUAUAAGAGAAAAGGAACUCAGCAAUACAAAUUUGUUAGAGUCAAGGCAUAUAAAAAGGGGUAAGGCGUCACUUCCAGUUAACGUGCGUCGCUCAAAAACGUAUUUGGUUAAGUUCCCUAAUAUAUACAUGCCACAACUUUACAUCACCUUUUUUUGUAUAAUAUAGACUUUUUGUUUUGCUUGCAGUGGGUGUAUUAAUAUGGUCAUCUUUUUAGUAAAAAUCUAAUAAAGCAAUGUGCAUUAUGGAUAUCUUAUGAACUCGUUUUGACAGCUGAUGCAUUUGUUGUCAAAAUGUCAGACAUAAAUUCUACAAAAUGUUCUUUGGCUAGUGUAAUUUCCCUCGUCUUCCUCUGUUCAGUUUGCUCCGCUAUCUUAUAGUUUUCGUUUAUUUUUUGUUUUUUCUUUUAAUUUCUUGAAACAAUAUCUGAGCGCGCGAAAUUUAUUAUGGUCAAAUCAUCAAAAAACGCUCGUGUUUAGUGUAGGUUUCCAAGAGCGCGCGCACUGCCUUAAUGUUAACCAAGGUAACCAAACUUGUUUAGAUCCGUGGCUUAAGAAAAUAUGCUCAGAUAGCUGAUUGGUGGGAAAAUUCACUUCACUGUUGACUGGCAUUUUUGUAACGUGUAGUUAAGCAAUGGAGUAAAUAAAAUGUUAAACAUUAGCUCAAGUCUGCGUGGCGUUGUUAAAAAAAACGUUUUUGUUUGCAGUGUUUACAGCGCCUUCCUAGCGGGUAGAGAAAUAGGAAAACUUUUUUUUUGGAAAGCUUUUCUUACCUUUUCAUUGUCCAUAAGUGAAAGGUCCAAACUUGAAUGUGGUGAUGUUUGUACGAUGAGGGAAAACAAUGGUUUUGCGCUCCUGUACAACGUUUGUCUUCUCGUUUGAACCGCGCGACUUUUUCCGUUAGUUAAAAGAACAAAUGAUGCCAAACCGUCACAAUAGGGGAUGAUGAUUCUCAUCGCGCGCGCGCGCUCAGAAAGCUAGUUUUCAGGUCUCUUGUGGCCUGGAAGAAAGUAGCUUUGUGGAUCUCCUGAGGCCUCGUUUUGAUUAUAGUAAUGAUCAAGUUGCGUUUACACCUUGUGCCCUUUAUUACAGAGAAAUGCAUUUUUGUUUUAUUUUUAUUACAUAAAAUAUUAUUAAUUUCAAUUAAUGUAUAAACGGUUUAUCCAAGAAAGGAAACAUUUAAUUUGUGGCCUAGCCAUAAAAGAUUAUUGCAUCAAGAAGGACAAUCAUUAAGGCCAGUUUCUAUAGCCUUUUAUCGAAAACAACAUUCUUAGUGCGAAUAAAGUUUCAUUUUCCCUGGGUGAAUGUUCGUUUAUGACAAUUAUUAUUUUUUUGAGUAUUUUCUUGCCAAUAUCGCGUUGAAUUUGAAGGUACGCUUUAAUUCGGGGGCGAAUUUUACAAUGUACCUAAAAUUCGUAUUGCAGAAGUGGAGCGUAUAGUACGUUGCAUUCAUUUUGUUAAGCUUGUACAUGUAUUUAAUUUGCUACCGUUCUUGCACAAACAAACACGCGAUGUGUACAAUGUUCAGUCAAGUGCCUCUGCGUGUUUAAGAGCUUAAGGAAGGAAGGAUUUAACGAAGUGGAAAUUGAUCAUUUAUUUCAGUCUUUAGUUUUACCUAAAAUUUCGUAUGGUUUACCGGUGAAUGCAGCAUCCGUGCCUGAACUUAAUACUGUGCAGCAGUUCCUUCGCAGAUGUCGUAAACGCCAUUUUAUAUCCUAUGCUUUAGAUAUAUACGAUUUGCUUGGGAAAAGAAAAACAGACAGGUCAAUCUCCAAGAAGAUUAGUUUCCUACCUACUCAUCGGCAGUAUAAUUUGUUGACCAAAGGUAAAGAAUCUUCAAAACGUCUGAGAACUCAAACAAGCCUACCCUGUGUUAAUACGGAACGUUUUAAAGCUAGUUUUAUUAAUAAACCGUAUUUUAAAUAUACUUUUACUUUUUAACCUAAUAAAUAUAUUAAACAUGUAAAUAUAGGUAUGUAUUUUUACUCGUACAUUCAAUAAAGACUGAAAAGAAAGAAAAAAGACGUAAAAAUACAUCUAAAAUCAGGGAGCAGAGAGAUUAAUAGUAAAAGUAACGACGCAAAUCAAAACUCGAAAGCAAGCAUAUCGAACAUCAGGUUUUUUUCCAACGCUACUACAAUAAUCAUCAAAGGAGUUCGCUAAGUUUACACGCGGGUCCGGACAAAUCAGGGGCUCCCAACGAGAAUAUAGUUCGAAACCACUAAACAUAGCACUGUUAAACGUAUUUUAGUAUUUAAACGGUAGAUUUAGGCAUAACUUUAUCCCCUUAAAAUUUUUCAUCUGUUCCAAUUUCUUAGCUGAAAGUCUAGUGAUCCGAAAAUUAUAGGGAUCAAAACUUACCUUUUCGAAAAUUUCAGCCAGAAAAAAGGCUCGCUAAUAUUCUAGGCGACCUUUUUAGGGUAAAAAUCCGUUAAAAAUGGGCAAUUAUACCAUUUCUCAGAUAUUCGAAAAUCGUAGGAGAGGCAGGCAAGCAAGAAAUUUUACAAACAAAUGUUCCGAAAAUUCUAGAUCUCAAAUCGUCUUUCGAACAGAUAUUUUCCGAAAAUUGACGUUGGGUGCCCCUACAAAUUUUUGAACGGACAAAAGCUCGCACGCAUCCGGCGCUUUUCGUUUUCACGGGACCCGGAGAACUGUGCAAGUUUUGGUAUGGACUCUUGUAAACAGUACUGCAAUCUCUAACAGAAUUUGCACGGUUCCGUGUAAACGAGUUGCACAGGUAAAAAAUUCGUCCGUUCAAAAAUUUGUCCCGGACCCGUGUAAACGGUAUGUGAGUUUCAGGUGCAUUUUUAAUAGAGUGUUUAACACACGACGGCGACGACAGCGCAAAUGUCACUUAAAAAGUGAGUUCGCGUUAUUUUAAUCUUUAUCGCGAUUAUUCCAACUCGCUGACGUUGUAAAAUGCAGGCCAAUUCUCCCUUGAGUUGAUUUCUUAGGAAUCACAUCCGAGUCCAAAAAGACGGGAAGAAAAUUUUGUCGUCGCUGGAUAACUUCUUUCGUCAAACGUGAAAUCAGGCAUUUUCACGCCGUAGUCGUUCGGUAACAGCAAAUGUUGAAGUUGUCGUUUUGCUUAUUAGCCCUUUAAGUCCCAAUAGUGACCAAGUUCAAUUUUCUCCUAGCAAUAUCCAUACACCGUCAAGAGAUAAGUUAUGAGAAGUAAUAAAAUGAUCACCUGAGAGAAAAUGCCCUGAUCUAUCAUCAAAUUCUCUCAACUAGUUCUUUAAGGAAAUGUAUGGAGAUCAGUUUGGAGAAUUUGUAUGUGGAUACUGAGGCUUAAAGGGUUAAUCCUUUUGCUCUUUUGACGUCUUCGUUGCCGUCGCCAGGACCAUUAAACAUGCACUGAGCGUUCAUUGAACGCUCUUCAGAAACCUAUAUUGUGGAUCUAUGCAUUUUUCGUGUAAUCAUUGAUGAACAGCUAUUGCUUUUAGAUAAUUUUACACGCAACAACAAUUAUUUGCAGUCUGUUCCCUUAGAAUUGUGUUUUUUUAAAGAAUUUUCGCCAGAAAAUUAGGGCUAAAAAUUUAGCCGUGUUUGCUAAAUUCUUUUGAUUUUCGUCUUGAAUUAUCAAGUAUGAGUUUUCAAAGUAUGUUUUAAAAGCACUUUUCGGCAUUAACCGUUUUCUUUUCCUUCUUUUUAGUGCAAAUUUGUCAAAAGCAGCUUGGGGGACCCUAGAGAAAAACGGUCAGCAGCUUAUGAUCCGUUCGUAUGAGAUUGGAGUUCUCUUUCUUCCCAAAGAUCAGGUAUGGUGAAAAUGGACGCAACAACUCAGCUGACAACUCCCACCAAUACUGAGACUUGUUGGCCAACAAUGUUGCGUCCGUUUGCCCGCGGCUAAAAGUUUCACCAGUUUCAAGCUUAACAAAACAACACGCAACAAAAUGAAACAGGUUGUGCAAACGGACACAACAUGUAAUAUCCAGCAAUGUUGGAAAAUGUGUCUGUUUGCACGAAGCUUAAGAACUGCACACGAUCCAGUCUUUUGAAAACAGGCGGACACCUUCGUACACUCAUAAACGUUUUUCAGUUGGUAUCACUUAAAAUCGAUGUUUUCUUGCAUGAUCGAGACCAACUAUCCCGCAGUUUUAUUAAAUAAUAAUUUUAUCGACGGGAUAGUGCACUUUGGUUCGUCGAUUACAAUCAACUCUCUCUAAGACGGACGCCUCUGGGAUUGGCUUUACGUGUCCGUAUUAGAGAGAUAUCCGUCUUAUAAAGAGUCAAUUAAAAGGUGUAAACAAAGGCAGGGACCAACUCUAUACCGGGACGGGGGCGGGGGAGUACUCAACAAAUGUUUAUACAGGGAUGCUCAGCCCCAAGGUCCAACCUCUUACCCUUUUAUAUAAACCAUUUUUCACGGAAAAGGUACCCCUUUUGUAUACCGUCUAUUGACAAAUGGUACCCAUUUCACAUACCUUGUUUGGAACUUUGCAUCCCUGUUAACUGCUGUAAAUGCAAUGUCCUUUAAAUUUGAAUCACUCCCCUAAAUAGAACGUUUUCUCGACUUUAUAAAGUCAUAAAAUUUAUCUCUUAGCCACUGUUAGCCCUUUUGGGCCCUUUGACAGACCGAAAUGACAGAUUUCCCUACUACUUCAACUAGUAAAAUCUCUACCCUUUCAUAUACCUGAAGCCUGAAAAAGAAACCCCUUUCUGGUGAAGCCUCCCUGUAUAGGCCAUCAUAGGGAGUCUCCCCUGGACUCUAUUGGUGUCUGUUUUAGUGAGGUGUCCCUCUUGUAAAGGGGUCCAAUAAAGGAGCGUUGACUAUAUGCACCAAAAAGAUAUGGCAAUGGGCUUUUCCUUGUCUUGUGCCUCUUAUCUCUGUUCGUACUUCCUGUUUCACAGGAUCCCGAAAGCAAGUAUUUCCUUGUAAAAGGAAACCACGGAAGUAAAACGAGCUCUGCCAGCUCCAGUCUACAGCUCCCUUUUGAUGUUCCACUGUCUCCUUACACGAAAGAUGGUACGUUAGUAAACUCAGUUAAUGUUAAUUUAAUUUUAAACUGUAUCAGGUGGUCACCAAGGCAAAUGGCCAAUUACAUCGCGGGAUUAUGUCCGUUACAUUUGCGAUAACGGAUACAAGAAUAAACUUUGUUGGAACCCAGUUACUGUAUUUUCCUUCCUCACAUAAUAGCCAGGGGCGACUACCUUUUUUUUUUGAAACCAAAAGGGGUCGAUUUUCGGAGGGAGGCGUUUAUUUCAAAUAUUGCUCAUCGGAGGUCAUGCCGUAUAUAUUUUGUUUCAUUAUUCCAUUAAUCACAUCAAAGAAACUGAAUAUGGGCUUUUAAGUAUUCCAAAUUUGGUUCCUUGACUAAGUUUAAAUGUCAAUAGCCUCGAUGUCGGACCUUGAAUCGUCACUGAUCAGUUUUGCUGCAUCGGAUCCUUUUUCAGCUAUGUUUGUUAUCCAAAGUUGCCAAUUUUGAACUUGACAGAGAGGGGAUAAAAAAAGAGAAGAUGGCGAGAGGGGUUAGGGCGAUUAUUCAAGCGAGACAAUUAUUUUAAAUAUUUCCGUCAAAGAGGGGCAAUUAUUCGAGUGGGGCUUAUUAAUUGAGGGACGGCUAUUUUUCGGAGAAAUAGGUUAAGUCUGCUUUACUCAAUGCUGCGAACCAGUUAGGUCCCACAAAAAAGAUGAUGUCUUUUCGUAGUAGUAAGUUGUCAUAUUGAGUAAGAGCACCUCCUCCCAGUUAAGUGGUCGGAACUCAUAGUUAAAGCUCCGAGCUCUCAAAAUCGUUAAGUGGAAUUACCUGGGGGACCAGCCUAAUCGAAAUGGGUAUUUUGAUUGUCAAUAAAAAAUGAGUAUUAGGGAGCUUGUAGGACGGUUAUGAGCGACACAUGUCAACCAGAACUGAACUUUAAUAAAGCCUUAAAACUACAAAAAUUGCUCAAAACAUUCCUAUGUAGCCUGCGUGCAAGAACUCUGGGGCACUCUGGCGGUGGGGCGUUAGAAGGAAACAGAGCUUGAUACAUACCACAUCAGACACCUCACAUCAGACAUACCUCAUCAGACAUCUGACAUCAAACAUCUGACAUACCACUCAGACAUCGGACAUCAGACAUCUGACAUACCACUCAGACAUCGGACAUCAGACAUCUGACAUACAUCUGACAUACCACUCAGACAUCGGACAUCAGACAUCUGACAUACCACUCAGACAUCGGACAUCAGACAUCUGACAUACCACUCAGACAUCGGACAUCAGACAUCGGACAUCAGACGUCUCACAUACCACAUUAGACAUUUGACAUGAGAUGUCUGAUGAUUUGACGGCAGACGUCUAAUGUCAUACUUCUCAUGUCCAAUGUCUGAUGUGGUAUGCGAGACGUCUGAUGUCAGAUGUCUGAUGUCCGAUGUCUUAUGUCGAAUGUCAGACAUCUGAUGUCAGAUGUCUGAUGUCUGAUGUGGUAUGUCAAAUGUCUGACAUACCAAAUCAGACAUCUGACAUCGGACGUCUGACAUACCACAUCGGACAUCCGACAUCUAACAUCAGACAUCUGACAUACCACAUCAGAUGUCUGACAUGCCACAUCAGACAUCUGAGAUCAGACUUCUGACAUACCACAUCAGACAUCUGAAAUCAGACGUCUGACAUGCCACAUCAGACAUCCGCGAUCAGACGUCUAACAUACUACAUCAGACAUCAGACGUCUGACAUACCACAUCAGACAUCAGACAUAUAACAUCAGACGUCUGACAUGCCACAGCAGACAUCUGAGAUCAGAUGUCUGACAUACCACAUCAGAGAUCUAAUAUGAGACCUCUGACAUACCACAUCAGACAUUCAAAAUCAGGCAUACAACAUCAGAUGUCUGACAUACCACAUCAGACAUCUGAUAUCAGACGUUUGACAUUGCGCAAUAGACAUCGGAGAUCAGACGUCUGACAUGCCACAUCAGACAUCUGAUAUCAGACGAUUGACAUUUCACAGCAGAUAUCUCGGAUCAGACGUCUAACAUACUUCAUCAGACAUCGGACAUCUGACAUACCACAUCAGAUAUCCGACAUUAGACAUCAGAUGUUUGGUAUGUCAGACACCUGAUGUCGGAUGUGUUAUGUGGUAUGUCAAAGAGCUAGUGUCAAAAGUUGGAUGUCUGAUUUCUGAUGUCUGAUGUGGUAUGUCAGACGUCUGAUGUCCGAUGUCUAAUGUGGAAUGUCAGAUGUCUGAUGUCAGAGUUCUGAAGCCUGAUUUUUAAUGUCUGAUGUAGUUUUUUAGACGUCUGAUCUCAGAUGUCUGAUGUGGCAUGUUAGACGGCUGAUGUCAGAUGUCUGAUGUGGUAUUUUAGAAAUCUGAUCUCAGAUGUCUGAUGUGAAAUGUCAGAUAUUUGAUUUCUGAUGUCUGAUGUAGUCUGUCAGACGUCUGAUCUCAGCUGUCCGAUUUGACAUGUCAGACGUCUGAAGACGUUUUGUCUUUGUCGAGUGUUCCGUAGUAAAAUUGCGGUCAUGUGUUGCGUGACCUCUACGUUAUUGGAUUAUUGAAUGAAUAAUUAAUUAGGGCAUGUUUACAUUUGAACAUAAGUCAGCAGGUUACUGAAAUCAUAAAAUAUGUUGAUAGGCUACUAUUCGCCUGUUUAGUAUUUUUUAUAACCUUAUGUGAAAGGUUAUUCAAGUUCCAAGCGAGUUGUUUUGACGAACUGAGUUUUUUCCCCAAGAGCUUAAGUGAUGUGUUUAGUCAAGUGUAAAGAAGGUCGAUUUUCAAGUUCUGUGUUUACAAGUUGGCGGAGGCCGUAAGAUUUCUGAAGUUCACGUGAGAGUUUGUUAUAAUUGACAGAGGCUGUUUAAUUUUACUUAAGUUCAAGUCAAGUUUGUGUUGGCCGAUGCUGUGUUUUAAAGCCCUGCAAAGACUAUGUUCCUUUGGUAUUAAACUUCCUUUUGUUAAUCCAGUGAACAAUUAUCUUCAAAACAUUCGAUCUCGUAACAUUGAGUUUUAGCCAAUUCGAUGCUCAACGUAAUUGACUCCUUACCCAUGCCUUACAUAUCUUUACAACAACAGCAACAACAAAUUUUAUUGAAAAUUGGAUAAAUAUAAAACUAAUUACAUUACUUUCUCAACUGCAAAUAGCUUAUGAACUAAUCGAGGCGGGGGGAGCUGAAGACAUAUAAUUUACAAGUACAAGGUUUAUCUAUAGAUGGAUUAAAUAACAGUAAAGACACUACUACACAAUAAAUACAAUAAACUAACAUAAAACAAGGCAAGUACCCAACGAUUACGAAGACAGGCUAACCUAUGUAGGGAGCUUAAGCAAAGACGUUUUUGAGCGACGCACGUCAACCGGAAGUGAGGCCUUCUCACUAUAUAUAUGCCUUGACUCUAACAAAUUUGUAUUGCUCAGUUUCUUUUCUCUUUUAAAGACGAUUUACCCGAGAGUUUGAACCAAAGCACUCCCCAAUGAUGCAAAAAGUUCAUUACCUGUUGACGUCUUUCGCUCAAGAACGCUGCUGCUUAAGCUCUCUAAUAUUUUAAUAAGACUGUAGGCUUCGACCCGAGGGGGGGUACCCUCCUAUAAAAGGGACGGGGUGCUCGUCGGAAAAUUUCCGCAGCAUCAUCAUCAUCAUCAUCAUCAUCAUCAUCAAUCUUUAUUUAUACACGAAAUCGUAUCAUUUUACAUGGUCUUCCUAGGAAUCGUGUUUAAAACUAGACUAAAAUACUCUAAGGAACUAUUGACUAUAAUGUUAAAAAUACAAAAACUUACAUUAUGAAUAAUAAGAGUUACAAUGGGUCAUGGUGUAUUAGAAAAAUCUUUCCCAUGAAUUGAAGUUUUAAAAACAUUUAAACUAGGCAGUUUUCUAAUCUCUGAGGGAAUCUUGUUCCACAGAACAGAUCCUCUGUAGUGUAGGCUCCCUUUUGCAGACUCAGUUCUGGGUCUGGGGACAUAAUAAUUUAACUCAGAAUUUCUAAGAUUGUGUGAAUGUACAUUUGAGGUGUUGGUAAAGAUCCGCCUCAGAUACGAUGGGGAAAGAUUAUUAUGGAUUUUAUGCGUUGUCACAGCCAACUGUUUAAGUCUUACAUAUUCUAGCCUUUCCCAGCCAAGCUCAUCCAACAAAACACAUGAGCGAACGUCAUAGUUAGAAAAGGUGAGAAUUCUAGCAGCCCUAUUCUGCAGCUUUUGAAGUUUGUCUGCUAGUCCCUUAUUGAUAUUACCCCAUACGGCACCACAGUAAUUAAAAUAUGGCAUUACCAGUGCAUUGUACAUAUUCACUCUGGUAUCAAAUGGUAUCAAAUGACUUACACGCCUUAAGAUAGCAAUACCAGCGGAUAUUUUCUUUGAAAUGGUAUGAAUGUGUGGGCGCCAGUUCAAAGAUUCAUCAAUUUGAACUCCAAGGGAUUUAUGUUUAAUUACUCUUUCUAAGGGUGUAUUAUUGACUUUGACUGUGAAGUCACUAUUUAUUUGGGAUAACUUAAAUUGGCUCCCUAUAAGCAUGUAUUUAGUCUUCUUAACAUUUAAAGUUAAUUUGUUUGCUGACAGCCAUGACUGAAUUAAAUUCAUAUCAUAAUUCAUUUUAUGUUCAAGGACACAUGGGUCUUCUGCAGAUGUGGUAAGGGUAGUAUCAUCUGCAUACAUUCUGGGUUUUGAAAACAAAUUACAUGAAGGGAGAUCAUUAAUAUAAAUAGUGAAUAAGAGAGGAACUAACAUAGACCCCUGUGGAAUACCACAUGUUAUAUUAGAGAAAUCAGAUUGAACUCCAUCAAUGAACGUUUGUUGCUUUCGGUCAGAUAGAUAGGACUGGAACCAGUUAAGAGAUUGAGAACUGACCCCAUAGAGUUUAAGCUUUCCCAGAAGGAUAGCAUGAUCCAUGGUAUCAAAAGCUUUUUUCAAGUCCAGGAAUAUCACACCAUUUAAGAGACUGUUGUCAAUAUUCCAUAGCCAUUCAUUCGUAGCCUCAAGUAAAGCUGUUUCAGUGGAAAACAUAGGUCUGAAGCCAGAUUGUGAUUCAGUUAACAAGUUAUUAUUAUUUAAAUAUUCAUAUAAUUGAUUAAAAACAACUCUUUCAAUUAGUUUACUUACUACAGGCAGAACUGAGAUAGGUCUGUAGUUGUUGGGAUCAGUCCUGAGGUCUUCUUUAAAUAUUGGCGAAACUCUAGCUCGUUUCCAAGCAUUUGGAACUAUUCCAGUGGUAAUUGACUGAUUUAUUAUAAAAGUUAGACUGCGAGUAACUAUGGGAGACGCUUCUUUCAGGAGACGUGCUGAGAUGUUAUCAAGACCACUGGCUUUAUUACUCGGUAUUUUCUGAAUUAAAUUGAAGACCUCCUGGCAUGAUACUUUUGCCAAAUUAAAAAGGCACCAGAAUCUUGUUUUAUGGGCGUGUCCCAAAUUCAUUUCCACCCCCAAGAGGUGCCACAACAAUAAAUUUUAUAACUGGCUCUGCGAAUUGUAAUAGUAGAAAACAUAACUUUCGAACACUUUCUUCCCAAGCACUUUUUGAAAGUAUUGUCAUAAAUCUUACCGAGGCAACUCUGGCAGCAGUCAUUUUCUGUUUUAGCACCCUAAGCGGUACAAAUCCACAAAUUUAAACCCCUAAAAGGUACGACGAGCACCCCCGUCACUUUUAUAGGGGAGUACCCACCGGGACUUCGACGUAAUCAGAGAUGCCAACCUCUGGAGAUCUAAAAUCUGUAGACUCUCUUUUCUUCACUCCCCCCCGAAAUUUUAACGCCUCCCCCCCCGACAAAUUAACCCAGCCCCCAGUGGGAAUGACUAAGGUCAUUAAAUGAAUUCGCAAUAAUCUUUUUCAUGCCAGAAAUGAUCUUUGUCACUGACUAAAUACGUGCAAAAGUGCCCCAGAAACCGUAUUGCAAAUGAGAAAAAUUCACGUUUUGAGCUAAAAAUGAGCUAAAUUUCGAACCUAGUCAUAGAAAAGCUCAAAAGAUGGUUUUAUCCUGGAGAUAUGGUGACCCGUACGGGAGAGCGGUAGAUCGGUGCAGUAUCCGGGAGACUCACGGAUAAUUUUUGAAGCCUGAUGUAUAAAAAAAAAAUCGUGACCUCCUUAGCAGGUGUUCACUUUUUGUUUCACAAUGAGCCAACAUUUUUGGGGUUUGGAAAAUAUCCCAGUAACGUCAUAUUUGACUUGAAUCGUCCCACCAUGUCUUGAAUAUCUCAGGGAGACCCAAUUAAAUCCGCAUACCAACUUUGGCAAGCUAGGCUCUUAGAUAUUGUCGCGUUUUCAGAAUAUGAAGACAAAUGGCGAUUAUUUCACAAAUUGACACCGCCCCAUAUAUCUUCGGAUUCUUAGUUAUUGACGGCCAACAAUGAACAAUUAAUUCCACAACCACGAUAAUAAAGUGUAUAUUAUUAUUAGCGUCUUAUUAUUAUUAUUAUUAUGGAAAAACAACAUGAAUUUCUAUCGUUUCCUACAAUUACUUAUGGGUUAACUAUAAACAAACUCUGUUCAAACCAGGCCAUCCUUUUUUCUCAAUUUUGGUGUUAACUACAGUUGUUCAUUUCGCCCUUUACAUUUUGUACAUUCCCUUUUAACUGCAAUAUGUUCUACAAAUCUAAAGCAGUAGCCACAUGCAGUCACAGACUGCCUUUUAUUCUUUCUCUUUUUAAGCCUGGAUACAGUCCUUAAGAAUAAGCUCCAAGAAAAAUCGCCCACAUUUGACAAUAUAGCGUGUCAGCUAAAUACAGUCGACUCCCGGUAACUCGAACCCUCUAUAACUCGAACAUCCCGCUAACUCGAACCAAUUUUCAUUUCCCUUCAGAUCGUUUUCUAUAUAAUUUUACCCUCGAUAACUCGAACUCCCGAUAACUCGAACUGUUUUCUAUUUCCCUUGAAGGUUCGAGUUAUCGGGAUUCGACUGUAAACACCAUUCAGUUUGAAAGAGUUUUUAGCAACGUUUUUACUGCCGUCUUCGUCGUCGUUGCACGUACGCUCCCUAUCUGCGUCCUAAUUUUGGCUUUGGUGAAAGACUAUUUUGGCCUGACUGUAGGUUCUUUAGGAUGAGGUUAUGUUGGUAGGUGUCACUUUGAGGCUGAGGGUUUGGGUUAUGAAGCAGUUUGGACUGGUUAACCCGAUGCGAUGUCAGAGUUUUUAAUUGGGAUAAGAAGUGUGAAUAAAUGAGUCGAUAAAGGCAAAAUAAUAAACUUAGGCAUUAGUGUAGAGUGGGACGGGAAUCGCGGCGUUAAGUUACAGCUGAACCUGGUCUGGUACUCGGUAAGGAAUUUAGACUCUUAGCGGUGAACAGUGGAAACUACCCCCCUCCUUACCCCACCCGUCCCUCCCUGGGGAAUUGUAAAUGGGAGGUAACUUGGAGGAGUCAACUUCCGUUUCUGCGUACACCCUUCGAGCCUACGAGUUAGAGAAACCGUAAUAGGUGGGUCUUUCAUAGAAAACAUGGAUUUGCAUUACAGAGAACAAAUGUUUGUUUUUAAAAAUACUUCAUUUGAUGUUGAACAAAAGAAUCGUAGAUCCAACGAAAACGACAUUUGUGAUGGUGAAAAGGGAGGUUUUAUUUUAAAUUUUGUCUCAAUGUUUAAACGUGCCGCUCGGUGUGCGUAUAGAGCGAAAUUUAGAGCAAUAAAAUUGCGAAGAUGGCAAAGAGUCUGUAAGUCUGUAAUGACGAAAGUGGAAGCGAAAGUCUGUGGUAAAGGGAAUUUAUCCCAGUCAAACCUCGGUUAUUUUUGCCAGGAAUUAAGCUGUUGUCAGUAUUUCUGGAUGGCCGUAAUAGCGAGGUGUCCGCGCAAGGUAAGAGCUGACUGCAUAUUUGUUAUUCUUUAUAGAACGCCCAUGGAUGUGGGACGUCAAGUACAACAUCCCGGACUGUCACGGAAGAAUAUGGUCACCGUCUUGAAGGACCUUUAAACACAACUUUCAAGUACUAUUUAAUAGGCCCGGCAUUUAUUUGCUCGCUUGGCGUCAAGAUAUCUCUUGUCAGUUUGGAAAAUAUGCUUCCACUCCAAUUGAAAACACUAAGCAUGUGAUUGCGUGGCUUAAAACUUUUCUUCACAUGCUGCGAGUCCAACUCCAAACAACAUUUGAUCGCUUGGCCCUAUAUUCUCUCGGCUCACGUUAUAUCUGGAGAGAAUAAUAAAUGUCAAUUUAUCUUG